AUGAUUGUCUUCGCCUUUUGCCAAUCCGAACGCCGACCGCUCCGAAUGCCGACUUCAACGAGAAUCAGCCCAAAAGCUCAAACGAUGCCUCCGACAAUUGAACUUCUUGGACGAGGCCACAUCACGAUGGAAGACGCCCUUGAAGAGGAGAAAAACGUCAUCAACUGGGUCUCCUAUGGGCCUGCAACUGAUAAGCUCUACCGAAAGAUCUGGGAGGCUAGGGAUACGGUCGCAGCACUUGUCGUGCAUCAUAUGGGUGUGGGAAGGCAAGCCAACUGCAUUGUAUUGCCGCCGGAUCAAUGGAUUCGUGGCAGUUUCAAUGUUUGCGUCUUCGUUGAAGUAACUUCCGGGACUGGCGAACAGCGGAAGGCUGUGUUUCGCUGCCCGCUACCACACAAGCUUGCAGAAUCUGAGUACCCGGGCAGCGUUGACGAGAAGAUCAGCUGUGAAGUGGGAGCGUACGCAUGGAUUGAGGAAAAUUGUCCGGAAAUUCCCUCUCCACAUCUAUUUGGCUUUGGCUUUAGUGAUGGGCGCCAUUAUACCCACUCAAAGCAUACUCGACUCUUCGAUCGUGUCAGUCGACGUUUCUGGUGCUACGUCUACAAGUGCUUCCGUCUUCCGCUGCUCUCUCACUGCACAGAUUCGUUUGUAUCGGACAUGCUCACAUUCCACGACCACCGGUUCCUCCGCCAAGCAAAUGCGGUUUACAGCCAAAACGAUUGCCGCGGCCAAAUGACAGUCAAGACACUUCUGCGAGUCUUGUCGCCCGUUCACAUCAAACGAGAGCUGCGAGACGAGAUGCUCGAUGUUCCGUAUUGGCUGACCGGCUGCGCCAUUGACCAGAUCACUGGUGACGAACUCGAGCGUUUUGACGAGAUACGCAGAGAGUUUAUGCGUAUCUUUGAAGAGGAAGAGCGAACUUUUAACAUCGAAGCAAUCCGCGACAACACUCUCUCCCAUGUCAUGAGGGACCUGUGGGAGUCGAAAGGAGUAUGGUUUUGGCACUGUAUCUCUUCUGUGAACGCCAUGUACUUCAUCCUCGAGUCUCAUUUGUAUCCUGCAGGGUCGCUCCCUCUCGAAGCCGAGAGAUGUGUCUCUGGAUUUUGGUGCCGUGACUCGGAGGAUGUCGUUCGAAUGAAGCUUGCUGAGAAACAAGCAUAUGACGACGAGCUUCGAAAGCUGUUCCUGGAGGAGCGAUAA